CUCAGCAUUGUGGCGCCAAACCCCACACUUUGAGGCUGACUGAAUGAAAGAAAAGUUACUCAGGUAGGCCUGGAUAAAGGUCGCGAAGUCCCAGUCCUCAUUAUCACUGGCUUUUUUUUUCUUCUAAAUGUGGCUGCUAUCAGUUAUUUUAGCUGCUGUGGAUAUUAUAACAGAAAUGAUGAAACUGAGAAACACUGAACACAGAAAGUCUCAGCAUCAGAUUCGCUCGAACGGUCGAGGAAAGAGAUUUGACCUUGUAAACAUGGUGAAAUGUGUUGUAUACUUCCAGGGUAGAGAAGGAAAUGAACCUGAUGCUGGUGGAUUUGCAAGCACCCAGUCUUCGCUUCUCCUAACAGCCCAGAAGAAUGGAGGAGGUGGAUCAUUUCCCUCAAACGCCAUGACACAGGAUGGUACCCAGUCCAGACCUUCGGGAAAACAACAGCAGCGUGAUAUUUUGAAAUCUGAUGCUGUUCCUUUGAUCUUCAACUGCCACCCAGAUUCACCUACAGACAAAAUGUUUGUUGUCAAGAUGCAAUAAUGAACAGCGACCAGACGUUAAUCUUCCCUUAUUGUGAGCAGCCUUGGCCCUUGCAACAUGGGUAUAAAGGGAAAAUAAUACUGUGGUUAAAGUAAGUUGCUUUUAUUUAUUUGCAAGACAAGAUCAUUGCAGAUUGAUAAGAUAUAUUGCCUGAAUUUAUUCUGAAAUACUGUGGUAUACUCUGUAGCUCCUUAAUUACGUGAUUUUAUAAUGUUCAAAUAAUUACUGAAAAUAUUAUGCGACUGUUCACAGAUUCAAGUUCACUUUUCAGAAGAACAAACCGAAGAUAUUCUUAUUUCAGCCUAAGUCCCUUAUACACCCAACCUCGUCAUUCCUGCAUCAUUAUCAAAUCCAUCAUUUUUUAUUUAUUCACUUUUUCAUAUUCAUGAAAUGAUUAGUAUCAUUGUACUGUUGAAGCGCUUUGAAUGUUGUUCGCUUUGGCCUAUGAUCGUGACUGAAUCUGAGCGAGAGUGAAUGAUCAUGAUGAGAGUAUUGUA